AUGUCCUCGCUCUCUUCCAUCGACCGAAAAGAUGCCAGCGUCGACGCCGCGUCCGUCCCCGCGCUCGACGCGGCGCGUGUGAUGCGCAAGAUCGACCUCCACGUGCUUCCAUACAUCUGCGUCAUGUAUACCCUCGCAUUUCUUGACCGCGUGAACAUCUCUAAUGCCGUGCUCUUUGGACUCAAGGACGACCUCAAACUGGUUGGGAACCAGUACAGCGUCGCCCUCGUCAUCUUCUUCGUCCCCUACAUCCUCUGCGAAGUCCCCUCAAAUAUUUUCAUGAAGCGUCUACGACCACACGUCUGGCUAUCGAUAUGCAUGUUUGGAUUUGGACUCGUUACGAUGCUGCAAGGAUUCGUCUUCAACUGGGGCGGCCUUAUGACUACACGCUGGUUCCUCGGCGUUUUUGAAGCCGGGAUGUUCCCCGGCUGCUUUUACCUCCUCGCGAUGUGGUAUCGGAGAGAGGAGGCGCAGAAGCGCUACACAUUCUUCUUCUGCUCCACGACGCUCGCAGGAGCGUUUGGUGGACUCCUUGCCAGUGCGAUCGGCAAGAUGGAUGGGUUGAGAGGGUAUCGCGGGUGGAGAUGGGUGUUUAUCAUUGAGGGUCUCGUGACUGCUGUUGUCGCAAUCGCAUGGUUUUUCCUCCUCCCCGACUUCCCUGAAGAGUCGAAGUUCUUGACCGACGAGGAGAAGGAGUGGGUACGAACACGCCUAUCUCAGGACGUUGGUGAAUCCGAGAUCGAGGAGAAGACAACAUGGCGAGACGCCUUGAAAGUCAUCGGCGACUACAAAGUCAUGGUUGGCGCGCUCAUGUACUUCGGGCUCAUCGUCCCUGGGUACGGCUACGCCUACUUCGCACCCACCAUCAUCAGCGGCUUCGGCUACACCACCAUCCGCACGCAGCUGCUCUCCGUCCCUCCCUGGGCCGGCGCGUUCGUCUUCGCCAUGUGCAUGGCCUUCGCGUCCGACAUCGUGCGCCACCGCGCAGCGUUCGCAUUCGCCGCGUGCGGGGUAUGCGUGAUCGGGUUCGCGGUGCUGCUCGCGCACCCGGCGAGCACGAACUCGCAGUACGGCGCGCUGUUCCUCGCGGCGGCGGGCGCGUACACGGCGAUGCCGCUCGUGGUGUGCUGGUUCAAUACGAAUUUGGCGGGGCACACAAGAAGAGGGGUGGGCAGCGCUUGGCAGGUUGCGUUCGGGAACAUUGGCGGCAUUGUCGCUAGCUUUGCCUUCCCCGACACCGACAAGCCGAGAUUCUUCAAGGGCUACGGUCUCUGCCUCGCAUUCUCCGCAUUCACGAUGAUCAUGAUCUGUGUAUACGUAUCCGUGCUCGCCUGGGAGAACAGGAGAAGAGCACGAUCAAAUGACGCCGACGACGAGAAGGCGAAGUUGAGGAAGGGGGACCUGGCUGUGGAUUACCGGUACAUGUACUAA